AUGAGUGCGACGAGGCUGCUGUAUGCAUCGGUGCUUGCAGGCGCUAUCGCGCUGCAGCCGACGCCAACCAAGCUCGUUGUCGUCAAGUACGGCGGCCACUGCAUGACCGACGAGGCCGGCUUCGCGCGCGACGUCGUCGCGCUGCAACAGACAAGCGCCGUUGUCGUCGUGCACGGCGGCGGGCCGCAGAUCCGGCGGAUGCUGCGGCGCCUCGGGCGCGGCGCGACGCGGGACGUCGUCGAGGUCGCGGAGAUGGUGCUGGGAAGGAUCGGCAAGAACCUAGCGGCGGCAAUCGGCGGCGCUGGCGGGCGGGCGGUGGGGCUCUCGGGCAGGGACGAUUGUAUGCUUCGCGCGCGGGAGGGGUUGCACGUCGACGCGACGCUGCUCCGCGCGUUGGUGGGGAUGGGAGUCGUGCCGGUCGUAGCCCCGCUGGCCAUUGGCGACGGUACUGCGACGGUCAAGUUGGACGCGGACACCGUGGCCGGUACCUUGGCCGGCGCGCUGAAGGCCGACGCGCUGCUGCUCCUGACCGACGUUCCCGGCGUCCUCGACGAGCGGGGCGAGCUGCUGCCCGAAGUGUCGGCAAAAGACGCGGAGCGACUUAUAAACGAUGGGACUGUCUCUGGUGGCAUGACUCCCAAGGUCGCGGCCGCCGUCGACGCCAUCGAAAACGGCGCCAAAGCGGCCAGAAUCGUCGACGGGCGGACGUCCUGGCUCGACGCGCGGGGCACACGAAUAACAUGACACAGUC